UUUCCACACAAUUUCUUAUCCAGCGUCACUCCCUUCCAAGCCCCACACAGCUUGGCGCCCUUUUUCCCUGCACUUCUUUUGCAAAGACCGAAUUUUUUUUCCUUCGAGAUGAGCAGAAGCGAGCCUCUCUCCAUUCUCGAAUCCUGCCUUCCUGUCGUCCAGGUCAGUUUUUUUUACCCCCUUCUUUUUAGCUGAGCUGUUCAUUCGGUGAAGUAGCUUCUUGAAUUGGAAACCAUGAAUGGGUGGUGAAGGUUGGAGUGAUUCCUGGGCUGUUGUGCAUUCGGUUUCUUGUUUAUUGGUCAAGAGAUUCCGUCUCCCGUGUCCGGAGUUUGAGCCAAGAUUGGAUUUUGAGUUGAAUACGGUGGGAAUUUGACUGUUUAAUCAUCUGGGUUGGAGUUGUUUCCCUCUUGUUUCGGUUUGUUUGGGAGAUGAGGCGUGAGUGCAAGACUAAUUCACAGUGAAAGAAGCUAAAUUUCACUGGGGGGAAUCAGCUUUUAGUAGGGGGAGAAAAAUCCGGACCAUGGCGUCCAUGGCUGCGGGCUCCAUCUGUCUGUUCCGUGACGAGAGCAUUGGCGCCGCAUCAAUUGCGGUCACCAUUUUGGCCAAUAGAAGUUCUCAUAUGGCGAAGUUGCUGUGUUAUCGUGGUAAAGCUCGAGCCACGAUGUGGAUGGGCAUAAAGACGACGAGGCGAUUGGCAACAAAAUGCUCUCUAGAGAGCCAUUGUCGCUCUGAAUCAAGUUGUUUUGGUUUUCCAUUGCCAAGGAAAGAGGAAGUUACUUUGUCGCGUGGAAGUUGUUCAGGAGUGCCUAAGGUAACUGAGAGUGCACGGGAGAUAUUUCAUCUAGUGAGAGAAUGGAGUCAGCGACGUGUCAUCCAACUAGCUGCUUUAGCUGCCUGCACAUUCUUGAUAAUUCCCUCUGCUGAUGCAGUUGAUGCCCUCAAAACCUGCGCUUGCUUGCUAAAAGAGUGCAGGAUAGAAUUGGCCAAGUGCGUUGCAAAUCCAUCAUGUGCUGCGAAUGUUGCUUGUCUCCAGACGUGCAACAAUCGGCCUGACGAGACUGAAUGCCAGAUCAAGUGUGGGGAUCUUUUUGAAAAUAGUGUUGUGGAUGAAUUCAAUGAAUGUGCAGUUUCGAGGAAGAAGUGUGUACCUAGGAAAUCUGAUGUUGGAGAAUUUCCUGUUCCUGAUCCUGCAGUUCUUGUUAAGAGCUUCAACAUGACAGAUUUCAGUGGGAAGUGGUUCAUUUCUAGUGGCUUAAAUCCCACCUUUGACACUUUCGAUUGCCAAUUGCAUGAAUUUCAUACGGAAUCAAACAAGCUCAUGGGCAAUCUGACGUGGAGGAUACGUACUCCAGAUAGUGGGUUUUUCACCCGAACAGCUGUACAGAGAUUUGUACAGGACCCUGAACAGCCCGGGAUAUUAUACAAUCAUGAUAAUGAAUAUCUCCAUUAUCAAGAUGACUGGUAUAUAUUGUCAUCCAAGACAGAAAACAAGCCAGAUGAUUAUGUAUUCGUAUACUAUCGGGGCAGGAAUGAUGCAUGGGAUGGGUACGGAGGAGCGGUUGUAUACACGAGAAGCGCAGUUUUGCCAGAUAGUAUCGUACCAGAACUCGAAAGAGCUGCGAAGAGUGUAGGAAGAGACUUUAAAGACUUCAUCCGAACCGAUAAUACUUGUGGCCCCGAGCCGCCUCUUGUGGAGAGAAUAGAGAAGACAGUGGAGGAAGGUGAGAAGACUAUUGUGAGGGAGGUCGAGCAGAUUGAAGAUGAGGUACAAAAAGUGGGAAAGACCGAGAUGACUUUGUUCCAGAGGUUGACUGAAGGGUUUAGAGAGCUCAGACAAGAUGAGGAGAACUUCUUGAGACGCCUUAGUCAAGAGGAAAUGGAGGUAUUGAAUGAGCUGAAGAUGGAAGCGACUGAAGUUGAGAAGCUCUUUGGACGAGCAUUGCCGAUUCGGAAGCUAAGGUAGCUCUCGGAAAUGUGACAGGAGAUCAUCGUUGCUCUGAUUUGUGAUGUACAGCUGUUCAAAUUAAGUCUUUGGCAAUUUCGACUUCAUUUCCACUUUUCUCUGUUUAUUCUUACAUACGAGACCUGUGCUCCAAUAGGCUGAACAUGGACUAGGUUCAACCAGCCCGUUGGUGAGCAGCCUUCUUUUAUCUUUUGACGAUUCAUUUAAAUCUUUAUGAGAGAUGAUUUGAGUUGAUAUAUAGAAUCUACGUUAUAUUGUUAUC